UCGAAUUCCAGCUACCAAAACAUCAAAAGUGUGCCUGUCACUUACUUAACCUAGUCUCAAGCGUUGAUGCCCAAAAAGCUCUCUCAAAUGAACACUACAAGAAACUCUACAGAUCUGUCUUUGGCAAAUGCCAAGCUUUAUGGAAUAAAAGCAGCCGAUCGGCUCUAGCAGCUGAAGCUGUUGAAUCAGAAAGCCGGCUUCAGCUUUUAAGGCCAAACCAAACGCGGUGGAAUUCAACUUUUAUGGCUGUUGACAGAAUUCUUCAAAUUUGCAAAGAAGCAGGAGAAAGCGCACUUCGGAAUAUAUGCACCUCUCUUGAGGUUCCAAUGUUUAAUCCAGCAGAAAUGCUGUUCUUGACAGAGUGGGCCAACACAAUGCGUCCAGUUGCAAAAGUACUCGACAUCUUGCAAGCGGAAACGAAUACACAGCUGGGGUGGCUGCUGCCUAGUGUCCAUCAGUUAAGCUUGAAACUUCAGCGACUCCACCAUUGUCUCAGGUACUGUGACCCACUUGUGGAUGCCCUACAACAAGGAAUCCAAACACGAUUCAAGCAUAUGUUUGAAGAUCCUGAGAUCAUAGCAGCUGCCAUCCUUCUCCCUAAAUUUCGGACCUCUUGGACAAAUGAUGAAACCAUCAUAAAACGAGGCAUGGACUACAUCAGAGUGCAUCUGGAGCCUUUGGACCACAAGAAGGAAUUGGCCAACAGUUCAUCUGAUGAUGAAGAUUUUUUCGCUUCUUUGAAACCGACAACACAUGAAGCCAGCAAAGAGUUGGAUGGAUAUCUGGCCUGUGUUUCAGACACCAGGGAGUCUCUGCUCACGUUUCCUGCUAUUUGCAGCCUCUCUAUCAAGACUAAUACACCUCUUCCCGCAUCGGCUGCCUGUGAGAGGCUUUUCAGCACUGCAGGAUUGCUUUUCAGCCCCAAAAGAGCUAGGCUUGACACUAACAAUUUUGAGAAUCAGCUUCUACUGAAGUUAAAUCUGAGGUUUUACAACUUUGAGUAGCGUGUACUGGCAUUAGAUUGUCUGUCUUAUAGUUUGAUAAUUAAAUACAAACAGUUCUAAAGCAGGAUAAAACCUUGUAUGCAUUUCAUUUAAUGUUUUUUGAGAUUAAAAGCUUAAACAAGAA